AUGUCGCCGGGAUGCGCUGCCGCGCUCUGCGUGCGCUGGCCGCGCGUCGUCGUCACGGGGAGGCGGGUCCGCUUCCUGUCGCUGCCCGGCGCACUCCUGCGCGUCCUGCGGCGCCGCGGGACCUCGCGCAAGCUCACCGCGGUCUACGCGUACCCCUCCGACGCGGACGUCCCCCCGCGGAUAUCGAAGCACCGCAGCGCGGGCGUGCUCCGCACCGGGGCGGCCCCCAGCGCCCACGUGCGCCGCGACACCGCGAGCAGCCGGGUGCUGAGCCUCGAGCCGCCCCCCGAGGACGGCCCGCUGCGGCUGGCGCCGAUCAGCGUGCCCGCGCAGCCCCGGCGCGCGCCGCAGGUCCGCAGCGAGGCCAACGAGGGGUCCUCGCGCGGACGGCGUGCCGUGGCGGCGCUGCUCGGAAUAGUGACGGGGCGCUCGCGCGGAGCGCCCGCGGAGCCCGCGGACGGCCGGCGGUUCCGGAAGAGCAGGCCGGAGCGGGUGCAGCCGACGAAAUCGGUGCGCGAGGGGGGGUCUGAGGCCGGUCGGACUGAGAAGUCGGGGGUGUUGGUGCACGCGGACGGCACGCGCGCCAAGGGGUACCGCACGCGGCCGCUGCGGCAGUACGAGGCGAUGAAGAACCGGCGGUUCUCGACGCGCAGCAGCCUCGGCGCGCCGUCGCGGCUCGCGGACGAGCACAGCCUCGCUGGCGGGUCCGUGCGGACAGGGGUGUCGUCGGCGGCGCCGUCGGUCGCGAGCCGGGCCGAGCACGCGCUGCUGCGCAAGAUCAACACGGGGAACACGCUCCUGGGCGCGCGCGACGCCGACGCGGCGCCGCACGCUCAGGUCGAGACGAUCGCCAGCGGUAACGGCGGCAGCGUCGGGCUGUCGGUGCUGACGUGCGCGGAAACGGCGGUGCGCUGCGCGCGCACGAGCCUCGCGGCGGAGAUCGUGCUGCACGCCGGGCGGCCGAUCCUGCCGCACUGCGCUGGCGGGUCGCACGGCGACCCGCUGUCAGCGCGCCCUGACGUGGCUGCCGUGGUCGGCAUGGCGGGGGCGCUGGCGCUGACGUCGUCCGGACAGCCGUCCCCUGCCCCGGGAGUGCACUUCGCGGAGGAGCUGUCGAAGCAGCUCACGGAGCACGCCACAGAAGAGAAAGUCAUGAAGAAGAAACGCGCCAAGUCCGUCAGGAUCAUCGCCAAGAGCUCGCGCAGCUCGUCGCCGGAGCGCCAGUCGCGGAAGUCGCGGCCGAAGUCCGCGGCGUCGCUGCACCGCGAGGGGUCCCUGCACGGCAACAUCAAGGACGCUGUUGAGGCGCAUGGUGUGUCGACCUAUGAGGACAUGGCGCGCCUCCUCGCGUCGUCGACCGGCGCCGGCGUGUCCGGGAGGGCGGUGUCCUUCGCUGGCAACGCCGACGCGAGCAGGGGCGUCGACUCCAGCGCCUACGGCCUGUCUCGGAGCAACAGCAUCUGCCAGCGUACAGGCUCCGUGCUCUCUGGCGCGGCGCUGCGCGACCGCCACCUGUCGCGCCGAAGCAGCACCACGGGGCAGACGGCCCGGCAGGAGCUCACCGAGACCAAGCACCUCGCCGUCGGGACGUACGAUGGGAAGGUUGCGGGGUUCUAUAAUCAGUACGCCGUGGUCAAGACGAUCGGGUCUGGGGCGAACGGGGACGUGAAGUUGUGCAUGGACAUGACGACGUCGACGCUCGUGGCGGUGAAGCUCGUCCAGAAGGCCCCCGCGGGCCAGGCGGGGUCCGCGUCGCGCCGCGUCGCGCGCAAGCCGUGCAAGGCCACCACGCUCAAGCAGGAGGCGGCGGUGCUGACGUCGCUCGAGCACCCCAACGUGGUCAAGGUGCACGAGGUCAUCGACGACGAGAAGGCGCCGCACGUGCUGUGCGUGAUGGAGUACGUCGAGGGCGGGUCCGUGCAGAUGGAGGAGGGCGAGCACACCUCGGUGGAGUUUGGGGAGGGGUGUUUUGCGGAGCGGCUGUCCGAGGCGACGGCGCACGACUACUUCCUGCAGCUCGUGGACGCGCUGGACUACCUGCACGACAUGGGCGUCGUCCACGGCGACAUCAAGCCUGCGAAUCUGCUGCUGGGCGCCGACGGCAACGUGCGCCUGGCGGACUUCGGCAGCGCGACGGCGUUCGGGCGCGGGGGCGACGACACGAUGCUCGCGGUGCGUGGGACGCCCGCGUUCCUCGCGCCGGAGAUCUGCAUGGGCGAGGAGUACUCCGGCCGCGCCGCGGACGUGUGGGCAUCUGGCGUAACGCUCUUCCUCAUGCUGACGGGCCGGCUGCCGUUCGGGGGGCCGAAGAUGACGAUGUUCCGGCUGUACGACGCCAUCAUCGACGAUGAGCUGACGUUCCCCGACGACGUCGCUCUUUCGGACGACGUGAAAACGUUGCUGCACAAGCUGCUGGAAAAGGACCCGAAGAAGCGCGCGACGCUCGACGAAGUCAUUUGCGACGCGUGGGUUGGCAGCGGCUGGGACGCAGUCGACGCUGCGUGGGACGCCGCCGACGCGGUGCAGCUGUCGACGUCGCAGCGGUCCUACAGCUCUGCCACGAGGUCCGCGCUGCAGCUGCUGCCCGCGAGCGCGGAUGGCGGAUCCCUGCACGCACCCGACGAGAACGCCUCUCCUGUGCGCCGCGGACAGAACUUUGCGCACUCGGUCUCGCUCCCCGGCGACAGCCGCGACUGGUCGAACCGGUCCUUCGACGGCCGCACGCCCCGCGCGCUGGGAAACCUGACAUCGCCGGGGUCGGCAGGCCCCCGGGGGUCUUUCAGCGGCACGGGGAUGUCCCCCAGCGGCGCGCCGGGCGGGCCGCUCCUGUCCGUGAUCCGCACGGCGAUCGACGGCCAGCACGGCGGCGCGCCGAUGCCGCGGCGCACGUUCGAGCCUGGGGAUGUAUUAAUGGCGGAGGGGUCGUCAGGCGACCACAUGCUGUUUAUACUGUCGGGUCAGGCCGAGGUUCUGAAGCGCACGUCGGACACCGCGGAUCCGCCGUCGACCGCCGCGGCGAUGCUGAGCCCGCGCCUCGGCGCCACGCCCAGCAAGCCCAGGAUCGUUGUAGGGGGCAAGGAGAUCGAGCUGAACCUCCCGAAGGCGCCGCUCGGGAGGUACACGUCGGGCAGGCUCGACCGCCACGUCGGCUCAGAUGACCUCGAGGACCUCCUCGACCACAUGGGCAUCCCGGAGGAGAAGAGCAGCCCGGGGAACAGCAACACCGCGCACUCUGUGCGCACAAUGCACAGCCGCGCGCAGUCCAACGCCACCUCCGGGGCCCCUCGCACCUCCUUCGCCAGCUCCCGCGCGCCCGGCACGUCGCACGCGAGCAGGCAGCGGCCCGGGAGCUCGGACACCAACGGCACAUCGGCUGCGGGCUCGGCCAUGCAAUCCUUCCACUCGAGCCGCAACCCGUCGAUCGCCACGAGCGGCGCGAUGACCGACCGGUCAGCGAGGAGCUCUGUGCGCAGCUCGCGCCUCGCGCCCACCGCGUGGGCCGGGGACGAACCGGUGUCAGCCCGCAGUGGGCGGGCUACACCGCUGCCGAGACCCCCCCUGAGCGAGCGGUCGUCGAACCUGUCGGAGAUCUCGCACACGAGCAAACCCAAGGUGCGGCGCGGGCCGACAGCGCCGGCCCUGAGCGUCGUUUCUCCUCCGCCAAAACUCAAGGCGUCGCCGCUGCCCGACGCGACGACGCCGCCCGUCGCCCGCACGCCCUCGGACCUGCUGCGCAACGAGCUCGCCACGACGACGCCGCGGACGCGCUCGCGCCGCAAGGGCCUGCGAUGGGGGGAGGACCAGGUUCGUGAGAUCUCGUAUCGCGUCCUUGACUUGGACCCGGACUCCAAACAGCCCGCGCGGCGGCGACGCAACUCGUGCCCGUCCGGGUCGUCCGCGGGGUCGAAGACGACCGCGUCGGGCGCGUCUCGCCGCGGCGGCGACACCAGAAAGAAGCUGCGACUGGACGAUGACGACAAGGGGGCGUUGUCCGACGCGGGCGGCGACGAGGGCGGGCGGCCGUGCAGCGCGGUGGAGAGCACCGCGGCGGGGGCGCCGGUGUUCGUGGCGGGCGCCCGGAUGCCGCGCCGCCGCCGGCAAUCGCUGGAGUUUCUGGUGAGGCGAGCAGCGGAGGGCGCGGCGAGCCUGGGCGAGCUGCUGCAGCCGGACGUGGGGUACCGGGGGCUGGCGCGCCGCGAGGCGGGCGACGUGGUCGGCGAGGCUGCGCUGCUCGGGCAGGCGGAGGUGCGGACGGCGACUGUGCGGGCCGUGACGCGCGUGGAGGCGCUCGAGGUGGAUCGCUCGGGGCUCGAGAAGCUCGCCGAGGCCUUCCCGCGGCUGCAGCACGAGCUGCGCCGCGUGAUGGCGGAGCGCACGGCCACGCGCCGGAUGAUGGAGGCCUUUGAGCGACUGGCGGACCUGCACCGGCGAAUCGCGCCAAGCACACCAGAGGGCUCCGCGAGCGGCGUGUCGCCGCGGCGAACUCCCGGCAGGCUCGACAGCCGCACGCCUCCGCCGGCGCUGCUGGAGGCGAUCGUCGAAGACAACGAUUCCGACGACAAUGAGGCAAGCGCGCCAGUGGUCAGGUUGCAGCGGCCGGCGUUGCCGAAGGCGUCGCUCCCGGGGGCGCUGACGCCGCGGACGCCGGAGAGCGCGCGGAUGAUGCGAUGA